GGAGCUGUCAUUUCCAGAGCCAGGCUGGGUGGCCCCCCUCCUCGGCACCUGUCUUGGACCUGUCUGGUAACAUGGACAAGGGGCUGGGGCUGUUUUGCAGAGCGGCUACUCCCCACCCAAAGUCGCCCCGCGCAAAGACCCUCGGAAGAUUAUUGCAUUCCCGCGGAGCAGAGCACCAGAUGCCCGCCCGCCGGACCGCGGGCCCUCAGCCGGAGCCACUCCUCUUCGACCUAGCCAAGCCCACCCGGCGCUCCGCCUCCCCCUCCAAGGAAUUGUGCGGGCACCGCCCUCUCAGGGCCGAGCCUUGGCUCUCCCCGCCCCGUGUUCUUCACCAGCCCCAAUCAACUGGGAGAACAGGGCGCGGUCGGAUGGGCGCAGAGGCAGCAUGCUAUAGGCUGUCGGCUGCUCGCUGCUGGUUCUGGAGCGAGAACGAGACUAGGCGUAUCCGAGAGCGCCGAACCGGGAGAAAGCCAGAAAGAAUGUUUGGCGUUGUGGUAGUUGGUGUUGGCAGGGCUGGAUCUGUGCGGAUAAGGGAUUUGCAGACGCCCCCACCUCCUGCUGACCCUCUGAAACUGAUUGGAUUUGUGUCCAGGCGAGAACUUGGUAACAUUAAUGAGGCAAAGCAAAUCUCCCUGCAAGAUGCUCUUUCUAGUGCUGAAGUUGACGUCGCCUACAUCUGCAAUGAGAACAUUAGCCAUGAGGAGUAUAUCAGGCAGUUUCUCAGAGCUGGCAAACAUGUCCUUGUGGAAUAUCCAAUGGCUUUAUCUCUGGCAUCAGCCCAGGAACUCUGGAAGAUAGCAGAGGAGAAAGGAAAAAUCUUACAUGAGGAGCAUAUUGAGCUCCUGAUGGAGGAGUUUGCUUUCUUGAAAAAUGAAGUGGCUGGGAAAGAGCUAAUGGAAGGAACCCUUCACUUUACAGGGGGUCCCUUGGACAAAGGAAAGUUUGGCUUCAUUGCGUUCAGUGCCAUCUCUCGUCUGUCCUGGCUGGUGAGCCUCUUUGGGGAACUUUCCUUCAUCUCAGCCACCAUGGAAGAACGGAAGGAGGAUCAGUAUCAGAAAAUGACGGUACACUUAGAGACUGUGGACAAAAGGAGGCCACUGACUUGGAUUGAAGAAAGAGGCCCUGAGCUGAAACGUGAGCGUCAUGUAAAUUUCCUUUUUGAAUCUGGUCGCCUGGAAAGUCUCCCUCCUCCAGCUCAGGGAAACAAGAAUAUUUUUCUGAGAGACCAACAUAUAUUUGUCAAGAAGCUUUUGGGCCAGAUGUCCACAGAGGAUCUAGCCAAGGAGAAGAAACGCAUUUUGCACUGCCUGGAAAUUGCUGAUGAAAUCCAAAAGUACUGCUAACACCCCAAAAAAGAAGAGUCCAUGGGAGAAGAAGAAGGGGCAGUGUAACACCUCCAAGAAUGGAUUUCAGAGUUCUUGGCAUGGUCUUAGAAAAUGGUACUGGGUGGUGGCAGUGUUUAAUUUUUCCUAUUAAAGAAGUCUGCUUA